AUGAGCUUCACCUCACUCUCAAUCGAUGAAAUGAUGCCUGGAUCAUCGGACAAUUUGCCGCUUCUCAACCGAAGACCAUCGAACUGGAUGGAGCAGAAUAUAUAUAGCCCCGCAAACAUCAACAACAAGCAGGAUUUUGAGAUGGCCAAGGCACAGUUGAAGGCUUCAUCAAGGACUUCCGGGUUGUUGUCUGGAUUUGCUAUGAUCGCGCUGGUCGAGCUACAAUACCAAAAAGAGACACCAGCAUACUUGCUAAUAAUCCUUGGAGUGGUGACUACACUACUUGUCUCGGUCCAUCUAAUCGCCCUGAUGAUGUCUACCUGCAUUCGGCCAUUUAUUGACGCCUACAGUGCCGCUGACGAUUUCCCGCAUCGCCGAUUCCGCUUUUUCAUCGACCUCUCAUGGCUAAUCUCAACCUGGAUUGGGCUGCUGCUCUUCCUCCUCGAGAUCGGCAUCAUCCUCAUUGUGAAAUUUGACUCGGUCAAAAACUACACGGCUGGAUACUUUACGACUGCGUUGUUAGUACCCGUAUUGGCCGUAUUCUUCUGGAUGGCUUGGAAAAUCCAACAAGUCAAGGCCCAAUACGCACGGGAGCGACGAUUAAAGCAACAUUCCCACGGCAACUACCACAAAAACAAGACGAUGGUCACGAUUCGACAUGUC